AUGAGUAUAGAAAAUGGAGAUAACAUCACUUUCCAUAGAGUGAAGAAACCGAGAUUAAUCAUUUUAAUAAGACACGGAGAGAGUGCUUCCAAUAAAGAUAAAACUGUGAACGAGUACAUAUCAAACCAUACAGUCCCAUUAACGAAGGAAGGUUGGAAACAGGCGCAUUCAGCAGGUGCGGCGUUGCUGAAAGUUCUAAAUUUAGACAAUAGAGACUUAGCGAACAAGAUAUCUGAAAAAUAUACUUUACCUGAAUCUAAAUGUAGAACAUUACCAUUAGAAAGUUACGGUCCAAUAUGUAAUAAUAAGGAUGAAAAUAUUGUGUUCUACACGUCUCCUUAUAAGAGAACAAGAGAAACUUUAAAAGGUGUGCUGAACGUCCUGGAUGAAUACAACGAAUUGAAUUGUAACGUACGUCCAUGUGAAGGUGGUUCAUAUCAACCUUACGGUAAACAAAAGUAUGCAGAAUGGCCUAUGGGGACACAGUCAAGUGGUGAUUAUAAAAACGAUAUCUCAUCAUUUACAGUUACGCAAAAGGCAGCUGAUAAAACUUAUGUUAAAUAUAGAAUCAAAGAUGAACCGCGUAUCAGAGAGCAAGAUUUUGGUAAUUAUCAGGAUAUCAAUAGCAUGCAAGAUGUUUUAAAGAAAAGGGCAUCAUAUGGACAUUUCUUUUUUAGAUUCCCUCAAGGUGAAAGUGCGGCCGAUGUCUAUGAUAGAGUAGCCAGUUUCCAAGAGACCAUGUUCAGACAUUUUGAAGAAAGACAAUCUAAAAAGCUUAGGGAUGUUAUAGUAUUAGUCACACAUGGUAUUUUUUUAAGAGUGUUCCUAAUGAAAUGGUUCAGGUGGACGUAUGAAGAAUUUGAAUCAUUCACUAAUGUGCCUAAUGGAUGCAUGAUUGUCAUGGAAUUAGAUGAACAAUUGGAUAGAUAUAUACUAAGAACGAAACUGCCGAAAUGGACAAAUUGCGAAGAAUGA